AUGGACAGUGCUAUCACCCUGUGGCAGUUCCUCCUCCAACUCCUCCAAGAGCCUCAGAACAAGAAUAUCAUCUGUUGGACCUCCAACGACGGGGAGUUCAAACUGCUGCAGGCAGAGGAGGUGGCCAGACUCUGGGGAAUCCGCAAGAACAAGCCCAGUAUGAACUAUGAUAAACUCAGCCGUGCUCUCAGAUACUAUUAUGUGAAGAAUAUCAUUAAAAAAGUGAAUGGUAAGAAGUUUGUGUACAAGUUUGUUUCUUAUCCGGAGAUUUUAAAUAUGGAUCCACUUGUCGUGGGCCGUAUAGAAGGAGACCCUGAAAUGACUGGUUUUGCGGAAGUCAGCAGUGCUCCAAAGGAUGUGGAAAACUGUGGGAAGGAGAAGUCCCAGUCAUGUGCUAAGUCCUCCAGCCGCAAUGACUACAUCCACUCAGGCUUGUACUCCUCUUUUACUCUGAACUCCCUGAACUCUUCCAGCGUAAAACUCUUCAGGUCCAUCAAGAUUGAGAAUCCAGCUGAGAAGCUGACAGAGAAGAAACCUGCUCAGGAUCCAACACCCUCUGUCAUCAAGUUUGUAACCAUGCCCUCCAAAAAGCCUUCAUCUGUCCCCCUGGUCUCUACCACUUCAGCGGUCUCUGCCACUUCCACUGCUUCUGCCACUUCAACUGCAUCCUCUCUUCCCAUGGGAUCGGAAGAAACUCUCCAGACCUUGGAGACGCUUGUUCUACCCAAGUUAACUGUCCCUGAAGCUCCAGCACCUUUGCCAAGCUUAACCACCAGCUUCACCCCAACUCCACCCAUAUCUUCAGUUUCUCCCACUCUGCAAGUUCCUUCCACACCCCCAUCGCCGCCCCUGAGCUCUAAUCCUGACCUGGACAUUGACACGGACAUAGAGUCCGUGGCUUCUCAGCAGCUGGAGCAGGCUCAGAGCCUUCAGCAUCAAUCCCCAGAGCCCAAAGAGCAGGAUGCGUCUGUGCUGGAGAAGGAAUUUGCCAAUCACCUCUCCAGAUCUAAAAAACCCAAAGGGCUGGAGUUGGCUCCUACUCUCGUCAUUACGGGCAGCGAUCCAAGUCCACUGGGGAUUCUGAGUCCUUCUCUCCCAACCGCUUCUCUUACUCCAGCACUUUUCUCUCAGACUCCCAUCCUGCUGACCCCCAGCCCCUUGCUCUCCAGUAUUCACUUCUGGAGUACGCUAAGCCCAGUCGCUCCUCUCAGUCCUGCAAGGUUGCAAGGUGCUAACACGCUCUUUCAGUUUCCAUCAGUGCUGAACAGUCAUGGCCCAUUUACGCUGUCUGGACUGGAUGGACCCUCUACCCCUGGCCCAUUUUCCCCUGAUCUACAGAAGACAUAGCACAUGAACUCAUGGAAAGGACAUAUUGGCAAGCAAGGGAAAGAUAUGACACUUAUAUUUAACCAUGUUUUUUAAAUGAGCAAUUUAUAAUUCCACAGAGAUUAUCAACAAUCAUAGUUUUUGCCAUUCCCAA